AUGGCACAUAUCCGACACAAACUACUACUCUUGCUAGCCGCAAUUGUCCACUCGUCUGAAUGGACGAGUUUGUACUGGCCUUAUGAUCCCCGGUCACUCCCAGAAAGAAACUGGCUCAAAAGAAACUGUAAAUCCAGACAUUUGACAAAGAAGCAGGAGCAGCUAUGUCAGUCAAAGCUCGAUCACAUGAACUAUGUCAAUUUGGCUUCAAAAAAUGCUCUUCAAGAGUGUCAAAGUCAAUUUCAUAGCGCAGCAUGGAACUGUACCGAUUUUCAGAAAAGUAGAAAAGACACUAUCUACGGUCGCCAUGCAAAAGCCGGGACGAAAGAAACCGCAUUUAUUACCGCGAUAACCUCCGCAUCUCUGGUUCGGGAGCUCGCCAUGGCCUGUCGGAGAAAUCUCGCCGCCUGCAAAUGCGGAUCGAGUGGAAUGUUCUACCAAGCGGCACCAUUUCAUUUACCACCGGGAACUGAGUGGGAUAGAUGCGGUGACAACAUCGGCUACGCAAAAACCUUCGCUCGCCAAUUCGUCGACAUUGCCGACAUGGAAGCUUAUGGCGAGUCAGAAAAGUGCCUCCGCGCUGUAAACGAUCGCAGCCCGGAUGCUGACAAAUUAUGUCACUUCUUCAAGAAAAAGGGACGCAUAGAAAAAGAAAAAAUCCACCACAGAAUCGCAAAACUCAAAAUGAAUCUUCACAAUUCGGACGCUGGUAGAAACACUGUCGAGCGAACGAAAAAGGUGACCUGCAAGUGCCACGGAAUGUCUGGAAGCUGUAAUCAAAAAACAUGCUGGCACGAUGUGGCAGACAUUCGAACAAUCGGAAAUGUCCUCAAAGAAAAGUACGAUUCCUCUCAGCGGAUCAAACUCAGUGUCAAGAAACGACAUACUGUAGGAGGCCACAUUGUCGAAGAAGUAGAGCUCAAAGAUCCGAAUACCCGAGAGAAGCGAAAAGUUCUACCUGACGAUGAUCUGUGGUGGAUUCAGAAGAGCCCGAAUUUCUGCAAACCAGACAGGAAAAAGAACAUUUUGGGCACUUCUGAAAGAGAGUGUGAUCCAAAGUCAGAGGGCGAUAACGGCUGUAAGAAAAUGUGCUGUGGACGAGGCUACUACAAAGAGCAAUUCAAGGUGAUCGAAGAAUGCAACUGCGAGUUCAAGUGGUGUUGCCAAAUUGAAUGCGAGCAGUGCGAAGUCACCAAAAAGGUCUACAAGUGCAAAUGA